UUGGUACAACUGACAUGGAACACUGUUCGGUUGGCAAGAGUGAAGUGGAUAAUGAACACCCAGCUGUUACCAACUUUAGAGAAUAUCUCAGAAUACCAUCUGUCCACCCUGAUGUGAACUAUGACGAGUGUGUUGAGUUUAUCAAGCGCCAAGCCCGAGAGUUGGGUCUGUUAUGGAUGGUCCACUCCUGUGUUCCCGGACACCCUGUAGUGAUAGUGACAUGGACGGGACAACAGCCUGAACUGCCCAGCCUGCUGCUCAACUCACACAUGGACGUGGUCCCAGCCUACCCUGAAAACUGGACCCAUGACCCGUUUGCUGCUGAAAAGGACGAGGAAGGAAAUAUUUAUGGAAGAGGAGCACAGGACAUGAAAAGUAUUGGAAUACAAUAUCUAGAAGCAAUAAGGAGACUAAAAAAAGAUGGUGUUGCACUGAAGCGAACCGUACACUUGUCUUUUGUACCAGAUGAAGAGGAAGGAGAUAGCGGGAUGCGUAAGUUUGUUAACACUCCAGAAUUCCGAAGCCUAAACAUUGGCUGCUCACUUGACGAAGCUAGAUCUUGUCCUGAAGAUGCAUUUUAUGUUUACUAUGGAGAACGAACAAUAUGGAGACCUGUGGUGACUUGCCGAGGAAGCACGGGUCACGGGUCGGCCAUGGUAAGAGAUACAGCAGCGGCCAAGACGAGAGUCGUCAUUGAGAGGUUCCUGGACUGGAGACAACGAGAGCAGGACAAGCUAGACACCAAUCCUCAACUUAGUGUCAGUGACAUCACUACUGUCAACCUCACUCUUCUCAACGGAGGAGUGCAAAUGAACGUUGUACCAGCUGAAAUCACACUAGGAUUUGAUAUUCGUCUCUCAAACGAUAAUGACUUCCAAGAGAUCAGCGACAUGCUGGAUGGGUUCUGUAGGGAGGCUGGGGAAGGGGUGACCAUAGAGUACAAGAGUAAAGAACCCAUGGUGACUCCCACGAGGAUAGACGACACUAACCCUUGGUGGACUGCGUUUAGAAAAGCUGCCGAUGAAAUGAAAAUUACUUUAAAACCAAUAAUAACACCGGGAGGAACUGACAGUCGGUUUCUGAGAAAACUUGGAAUUUCUGCAUUUGGCUUCUCUCCUAUGAAUAACACCCCGACUCUUCUGCAUGAUAACGAUGAAUUCCUAAAUGAGAAAACUUUUCUGCAAGGGAUCGAUGUAUAUUAUGGACUAAUAAAAGCAUUGGCUAACCAUUAAUUUUACUGUAAUGUGAUUUACAAUUAUCAUGUUGAAUAAAAGUUUUAAAGUUAG